AUGUCGUCGGCAGCGCCGCAACCCGUGUCGUCGACGGCUGAGCCGCGCGACCCCGUCUCGGACCUUGCCGAUGCCACCGAAAAGGUCAAGGUCGGCGCAGCCGCCGACGGCGACAAGAAGCAGCAGCAGAAGCAGCAGCAGCAGCAGCAGCAGCAGCAGCAGCAGGCCAAGGGCGAGAAGAAGCCCAAGGCCAAGAAGGACGCAGCGGCUGGGGGCAGCAGCAUGCCGCUCGAGUUUACGCCGAAGCCGGCCUACUUUGACCACCGCAUCGCCAUGUUUGAGAAGCUCAAGGCGGAGCAGGACGCGCACGCCGCCAGCCAGCCGCGCCAGCCCAUCCAGGUGACGAUGCCCGACGGCUCGGUCAAGGAGGGCACCGCGUGGGAGACGACGCCCAUGGACAUCGCAAAGCAAAUCUCAAAGAGCCUGAGCGAGCGCGUCGUCAUUGCAAAGGUCGACGACACGCUCUGGGACCUGGAGCGCCCGCUCGAGCAGAGCGCCAAGCUGCAGCUCUUUGACUUUGAGUCGCCCGAGGGCAAGCGCGUCUUCUGGCACUCGUCGGCCCACGUGCUCGGCGAGGCGGCCGAGAAGCACUACGGCUGCCACCUCUGCAUCGGACCGCCGACCGACGAGGGAUUCUUCUACGAGAUGGGCAUGGGCGACAGCAAGGAGCGCAUGGCCAGCCAGGCCGACUUCCCCGCCCUCGAGACGCUCAUCAAGGGCGCCAUCAAGGAAAAGCAGCGCUUCGAGCGCCUCGUCGUCUCCAAGGAGCAGCUCCUCGAGAUGUUCCACUACAACAAGUACAAGCAGCACAUCAUCAACAGCAAGAUCCCCGACGGCACCUCGACCACCGUCUACCGCUGCGGCCCCAUGAUUGACCUGUGCGUCGGCCCGCACAUUCCGCACACGGGCCGGAUCAAGGCCAUGGCGGUGCUCAAGAACUCGGCGUCGUACUUCCUCGGCGACCAGAACAACGACUCGCUCCAGCGCCUCUACGGCAUCUCGUUCCCCGACGGCAAGAUGAUGACCGAGUACAAGCAGUUCCUCGUCGAGGCCGCCAAGCGCGACCACCGCAAGAUUGGCAAGGAGCAGGAGCUCUUCAUGUUCCACGAAAUGUCGCCCGGCUCUUGCUUCUGGCUGCCCCACGGCGCCCGCAUCUACAACACCCUCCAGGACUACCUCAAGACCCAGUACCGCCAGCGCGGCUUCGACGAGGUCAUCUCGCCCAACAUGUACAACUCGAAGCUGUGGGAGACGUCGGGCCACUGGCAAAACUACAAGGACGACAUGUUCGUGCUCGGCGUCGACAAGGAGACGUUUGGCCUCAAGCCCAUGAACUGCCCCGGCCACUGCCUCAUGUUUGGCACGCGCGACCGCUCGUACAAGGAGCUGCCGCUGCGCCUGGCCGACUUUGGCGUCAUUCACCGCAACGAGGCGAGCGGCGCCCUGUCGGGCCUGACGCGCGUCCGCCGCUUCUGCCAGGACGACGCCCACAUCUUCUGCCGCGCCGAGCAGGUCGAGGACGAGAUGGCCGGCUGCUUCGACUUCCUCCAGGCCGUCUACGGCCUGUUUGGUUUCACCUUCAAGCUCGAGCUCUCGACGCGGCCCGAAAAGUACCUCGGCGACAUCGCCACGUGGGACGCCGCCGAAAAGCGCCUGGCCGCCGCCCUCGACAAGUUUGUCCCGGGCAAGUGGGAGCUCAACCCGGGCGACGGCGCCUUCUACGGCCCCAAGAUUGACAUCACCAUCAGCGAUGCCAUGCGGCGCCACCACCAGUGCGCCACGAUCCAGCUCGACUUCCAGCUGCCGCAGCGCUUCAACCUCGAGUUCCGCAAGCCGGCGUCGUCGGGCGACGACGACCAGACGGAGCGCCCCGUCAUGAUCCACCGCGCCAUUGUCGGCUCGCUCGAGCGCUUCAUCGCCAUCCUCACCGAGCACUUUGCGGGCAAGUGGCCGUUCUGGCUGUCGCCGCGCCAGAUCCUCGUGGUGCCCGUCACGACGUCGGUCUACGACUACGCCAAGUCGGUCCAGACGCGCCUGUGGGACCAGGGCUUCUUUGCCGACGUCGACCUGAGCGACAACACGCUGCCCAAAAAGGUGCGCAACGGCGAAAUCGCCCAGUACAACUUCGUCAUCGUCGUCGGCCACGAGGAGAUGGAGAGCCAGAGCAUCAACGUGCGCAACCGCGACGACGUCAACAUGAAGGGCAAGGCCGAGACCAUCCCGCUCGACAAGGCCGUCGCCAUGUUUGCCAGCCUCAAGAACGAGAGGCGGUUGGAGAACAAGCUGAUCUAA